AUGAAAAUUAUUACAUUAAGGAAUAUAAUUAUAUUCAUAGUUUUACUUAGAGCCAUGUUACAUAUUUUUUUUGACAUAUUCGUUUGCAUAAAGAAAAAAGAAAAUUUUGUGAGUCCCCAAUUAUGGGCAAUUUUUAAAAUUAUCGAAAUUGAACAUAAAAGAAAAAUUCUUACUGAACAAGAAAGUGAUGAUGACAAUUUUAUAACGAAUUUUAUAAGAGAUAACAAUGUUGAUGUUUCAGACAUGUUUUUAUUUUUAAUUGAUACAAAAAUGUUAGAGAGUGCAAACUUUACAGAAGAAGAAAAAAGUACCACAUCUGCAGUAGAAGAAACAACAGAAGAAAAAAAAAGAAAAAGAAGUUAUAGAGCAUGCUGCAAAGCUAUAGGUGAACAGUGCGAAGGGCAUCGUGCUAUGAAAAUACAAAAGACUUCAAAUGAAAAAAAAGAAAGUCUUAAUGAAGGAAAGCACAAGAUUAAAAGGAUGACAAACACGGAAAAUUUCAAAUCAUCAAAGAAUACAAGCGAUAAAAGUAAACCUAGUAGAUGUGAUGAUACAGAAUUAUCAAAUGAAAAUGUUAUGAACAAAGGUGAACCAAUUUUAGUUCCAAGAGUACCACGUUAUAUAUACAAAGAUAGAUUUUUAAAUAAAUGUAAAAGAAAAAUAGAAAAUCAAAACAGAAUGAAUCUUUUAGAAAUAUAUAAAUAUAAAAGUAUACCUCAUAUUUUUCCGGGAAAUAAUGAAUCCCAAGAAACUUAUGCUAGCGCAGGUACUUCAUAUAAUAAUGAAUUGGGGAAGCUCAAAUCAUCAUUCACUCAUAAUGCUAAUUUUGGAGAAAACAUAGAUGAGUAUAACUCUGAAGAAAGCACAGACACAGAAGAAGAAUCAGAAUCAUCCCACGAAAUCUGGGAGGAAAAUGAAACCGAAGAGAAUUCAGAUUCAGGUUCAAGUACAGACACAUCUCCUGAAGCAUUGGUACAUGAGUUAGAUUAUUUAUUAGGUGAUUAA